CGCUGCGCUCGAAAAGAAAAUUGUCAACAGAGGCCGCCAUCUUGAACGACGCACUUAAGAACGGGACCACGGCGGGUAGCUUGAAUAUAUGGCUUAUUUAGAAAGGUUUUACCACGACAGGUGAUAAAAAACAUAUAAAACAUGAGUCAGUACAUUCAGGUGGCCGAGGAAGAGGGGGAGGAGCCGAUGGAAGUACCUAGUGAAGAGGACGGCACUCUACUGCUGUCAACACUGUCUGCUCAGUUCCCCGGAGCUUGUGGGUUAAAAUAUCGCAACCCUGACACGGGUUCUAUGCGAGGAAUACGACUGGCAGACGGUCGACUGUAUCCGCCGGAUGUGGACUGGUCAAAUAGGAUUUAUGUUGCUGUGUUUCCCAAGACUGAAAACAAGAAGAAAUCAGGAAGUACGGCAUCAGGAAGUAAUGCCUCUACCAGUAGUCCUGAUGAACAAGAUGGGGGACAUUACAAGUCCAAAAAGUAUGAGAGACAGCGCUGCAGUGACCUCAUUGUGCUCGGACUUCCAUGGAAAAGCACUGAAGAAGAUUUGCGAAAAUAUUUUUCACAAUUUGGGGAACUCCUGAUGGUUCAGGUUAAAGUUGACCCAAAGACUCGGCAGUCUAAAGGCUUUGGGUUUAUACGAUUUGCUGAUUAUGACUCCCAAUUCAAAUGUAUGUCACAACGUCAUAUGAUUGAUGGUAGAUGGUGUGAUGUCCGUAUUCCAAACUCAAAGGAAGGAGCCCAACAAAUCAUGAAUAGAAAAGUGUUUGUGGGAAGAUGUACAGAGGAUAUGACUGCAGAAGAUUUGCGAAAUUAUUUUGGCAAAUAUGGAGAGGUGGUUGACGUCUUUAUUCCUAAGCCGUUCCGAGCUUUUGCAUUUGUUACUUUUGCUGACCCAGAGGUGUCACAGAAUUUGUGUGGAGAGGAUCACAUCAUUAAGGGUGCAAGUGUUCACAUCAGCAGUGCUGCACCAAAGAACUAUGACCGUCACAAUGACAAAAAAUCAACCAGCCCCCACCAGCUCGGCUACACACAAGCCUACCCUCCCAACCCAUGGAGCCAAGGACCGAGAGGAACCACUCAACCCAUGCAUAACCAAGGAACACCCAUGGCUCAGGGAAGUCUGCCGAACAAUCUAGGACUUGGUAAUCUAAACCUUGGGGCCCUACAGUUUAACCCAGCAAUGCUUGCAGCUGCUCAGGCCAUGCUUAGUGGUCAGGGUGGAUGGGGUCCUGUUGGUCUUGUGAGUCAGGGCAAUAACCCUCCUGUCGGAGGUAAUGUCACUCCUGUGACCACCACUAUUACGGGAGGGGAAACCUCCAGUCAAGCCAGUGUCCAAAGUUUUGGUAGUAUAGGCAGCGGUUCAGGGGGCACAAUGGGGGCUGCACCACCUAUUCCGAAUAACAACAGUUUUCUAGGGUGGGGAAGUUCUCAAGUAUCAGCUUCUGAAGCAGGAGGCAGCCCAGGGGUGGGUGGCUGGGGAACACCUCAGAGUAAACCCAGUGGUGCAUGGAAUUAACAAGAUGUAUGAUUGAUAGGAAAGUGAAUCAUUCUGUUAAUAGAUCAUUAAUUAGGUGAUUGUUAGAAAAAUUAUAUGUGUAUGAUAAAUUAAGGUUUGAAAGAAGGAUCAUUUAUCAAACUCCAAUAUAUAUAUAUAUGAUCCAGUAAAACACAGGUUGAAAGAUGUGGAAGAAUUAUGCUAAUAUUUGCAACUCUGAUGAUGUUGUAACAAUACUUUAAUUGCAAGUGAUGUGAUUCAUUUUCAUUCAUGGCGACAAUCUAGAUGAUUAUUGGUGUAUAUUAAGAUUGAUAAAUGAUCAGUAAUGUAAGUAAUUUAAACAUCUUGUAAAUACUGCAUUUGGAUGAGAAGAAUGUUCUAUUCUGAUGCCAGUGAACUCACCCAACCCAUUCUCUGAGAUGUUGCAUACAUUUGGGUUAUUUCCCUUGUAUUCUUUGGAAAUUUAUUGAAUGGAAGCUAAAAAAAAAUCAUGUGGUUUGCCUGCUUAAUAUAGAAAUACAUUGUAUAUAAAUGAAAUUAAGAAAAAGAAAAUUAAUUUUUUACAUACAUAACUUUUACAGUAAUAUUUAGGAUGUCACAUUGACAACUGUCCUGUUAUUCCAAAAGAUUUUAAACACCAUCUUAAAAGCUGUGUAAAAUCCAGCAUUGUUAUUGACAACACAUGGGACCCCAUUCAGGAUAGUUCUAUAGUCCGGUACUUCAUUAUAACAGAUGUACUGCAAAUUUUAACAUUUCUUGGUUUCACUUUAAUUUGGAAAGAUUUUAUGGUGCAAUAUAACAGAUUCAAAUUUUAUAAGUAUUAGAAUAGAAGAAAUAAACAGACUACCAAAAACAUGUGCAAAUGAUUUUUUUUUUUUUGUUGUUGAUGAAUUUUUAUUGUGGAGCAGUUAAGAUUCAUAACCAACAAAUGAUAGGAACCGGUCAACAAAACUAAUUCAUUUUGGAAUUAUCAUGAUGGUUAUCUGUAUGGCUGUGUGAUUUUAUUGGAACAUAUAUACCAGCAUAUUUUUUUGGAGAUUUGUUUAAAAUCAUAGUAAAAUUUCAAGUAAAAUAUCAUGAUAUUAACAUGAUAAUUUUGGGGGAAAAUCUUGAUAUAUCAUGAUGUAAAAUUUUUGGUGAUACUCAACCCUGGUGAUCUGUUUAUUUCUUCUUCAAAACUUUAGAUCCAGAUCCUGUAAAAUACCACAUGACUGGAAUCCACUUGUGAUGUAAUCUUUUGUAAUUUAUAUGAACCUCAAGGUGUUGGUGGCCAGUUCUGAACUUUCUGAAUUUUUAAAGUACAGUGUAUGUUAAAAUUUUUACAUUAUAUAAUGAAAUGGCUAAGUUAACAAAGAAAGAGCAAUUCAAAUAGUUUGAUUGUUAUGAUAGUAUUAGAAAUUGCAUGCAAAAGUUUUUAAUUAAUAGUCACUUUAGCCCAAAUAAUGAAAACAUAUAUUGCAGAUUUCAUAUGCACACAUAUUUUUCUGUUAAUCAUGUUAAAAAGAAACUUUUACCGUCAGAGAAAAGAAUUUGAUUAUUUGUUUAUGUGAACAAAAAUUAGUGGACUGAUUGCUUGUAAUAACAACUCAAAUUGUGCCAUAGUCCAACUGUUAUUUUAGGAAUGAGAACAUGUUCUGUAUUGGGUGGACAGAAGAAUGGACACAUGAUGAAAUAAUUGUGCACAAUAAUUUUCUAUGUAUGUUGCAGUUACAUAUUGUAGAUACAAAUCAGUGAUCAUGAAAAAAUGGGGAAGCCUUGCAUUGAGAAAGUGGCUCUAAUUCAAAUCAUGUUACAACUGGAUCACAAAGUUAUUGAAGAUGGGGAUGAAUUGAAAAAUAAUGAAUUGUUAGAUUGUUUUAUAUAUUAAUUCAUGUCAUCACAGUACUUUGUUUAUUAAAAUUGGUGUGAAGAUUUCUUGUGCUUCUUGUAGUGUGAUCAUUAGGUAGUGUUUAGUAUCCAUCUCUUUGUGGUGUUUUCAAUUUUACUUCAGUUGAUAACUUAAAUAAAAUAUACCUUGUCAAUAAAUUAAGUCUAAUAGAUUAUCAUCAUAAGUUUUUAUAUAUAUAUUUGGGCAACUAUCUUUUCUGAAAUUUUUGGAUUUUUCUGAUCUUAUAAAUGUUUAUGUUUUAGUUUAUAGUUUUUUUUCUGUUUAAUUUAUGAGAUGAAUAUUUUUUAAGAUGUCCAAGGUGUACAGAAUAGUAGCUAUAUGUGUCAAUGUAUGUGUUUGGAUGUACAGAGUGAGUUUGCUGUUCUAUUAGUGUUAUUAUUACUGUCAAGAGAGGUCUGGCGUAUUAUGUCAUUUUAUGCAAGAUGUUAAAAGCAUAUUUAAGAAUGUAUGAAUAAAUAAGACUAUAUGUCUGUAAGACAUAGAUAUAUAUAUCCUUAUUUCUGGUUGAUUAUCUUAUAUUUUUGCCUGGAUACUGUAAGAAAAAGAAAAAUAAAUGUAAAUUUGCCUUUUUUUAUGACUUAUGUAAAAGAUAGUAUAUUUAUUCCAAAAAUAGACCUUUUCACUAUAUAAUAACUGACAAGAAGAAAGAAAACAGCAAAUUUCCUUAAUUUAUUAUUUUUUAUUUGACAUUUAUAUAACUUGCAUGUUUGCAAAUUAACUUCAUUCUAAUAAAAACCACAGCUGCUAAUAAUUGCUUAGACUUUUUAUAAGAAUUUAAAAAUGAUAAAUAGAGUUUAAUUAAUCAUAUUCUUUCUGGAGAUAAGUAUGUUGAAAAUUGGAAAUCCAAGCUAUCUAUGGUAAAAAACUGAAAGCAAAAUUUCAUUACAGAUUAUAGAAUCUUGAUACUUUAUGGUUUGGUUGCAUAUUUAUGAGAGUUUGUAUAUAUAUAGAUGUUACAUUAAAAUUGAAUUUGUAAAUGUGGACAUCUAGAAUUGUUUCAAGAUAUGAAAAUGGCAUAUUGUCGGUGUAAAUUAACCACGUUGAGCAUAUUUCUGUCACAACUUGCUGAAACACUUUGUAUAUCGUGCACAAAGCAUCCUUUUUGGUAGAGAAGAUUUGUUUUGGUGUGUCUCUGUGUUUUCUCUAGAUUGUAACUAAUAUACUGCAUAAUGCUGUUAACUGUUGUUAAUUCAGUACAUAAAAUGAAGGUUGAGAAAGGGUUGGAAUGUGGAGGGAUUGCUAUAUGUUUGAAAAGAUUUGUGAUGACUCUAUAUAUUUAUACGUUUCUGGAAACUUGUUUGUAAGGAUCGACAAAAAUGUUUUCAACUGAGAAUUUGAAUGAUUUGGAAAAUAAGAGGUAUUUUAUAUAGAAGAACAGUAUGAAAUUUCGUGUUCAUAAUAAAACCAAACUGUUACUGAUUUCAAGGCAGCAAAACACAGCUUGAAUGAGGUGGAUAUAUAGAAAUAUGAAAGGUUUUAUCAUCCUUUGUUGUUCUUGUUGGGGUGGUCACAAACCAAGCUUAUUAUGACUACAGCAUUAAAAGAGAAAAGCCUGUGUGACAGGGCACUUGACCCACUAAUACUGGGUACCAACUUUAGAUAUUCCAGAAUACUAAUUGACAUUACAAAGAACGCAAAGAAUGAACAAUGUUCAGGUAUCCAAAUUUAUGAUUUGAGCUUUGAUCAUCUUAUAAAAAAAGUAAUGAUUUAUAUUUUUGAUUGUAAAUUUUCUUCUCCCCUCCUCCCUUAAAAAAAGAAACGAAUUGAGCUUAUAUUCAGGAGGAGUUAGGGGCUGUAGUUUGAUAAUGCAAUGGUUUGUCCAUGCCUGGCAGUUGUUGAGUGAUUUUUUUAUAUCUAUUUAUUAGUCUGGAUGCCAUUGUCUUUGUUGAGGUGUUAAAGAAUAUAUGGAGGCUUGUCACUGUUUUGCCCCAUGCAAAAAUGUGCACACAAAAAUGUCUUUUAAUUUUUUAAAGAAUUUUUUUUUUUUUGAAUUUGAGGAAUUCAUUUUGAAUAAAGAAAGGAAUUUUGUGAUUGAACAGGAGUUUUAUUUAUAAUUCUGAGCAGAAACAUUUUGUAUUUCUGAAUUCCUUCAGACAUUAAAAAGUUGAUUCUUUACAUAAUGCUUAUUAACAAUAAGCAAGUUACACCCUUGACAUUUUUUUUUUGCAAAAUUGAUCUAAAAAAAAGUAUUCCAUUAUUUUUGGGGAAAUAAUUUUGGAUUAUUUUUGAUAUUGUUGUUAAAUUAAGCUGUUAAGUAUUAAGUUUAAAAAAUAAUGCAACUCUUUAUUAAUCUUUUUCAAGUGUGUAACUUAGGUAAUUUGGAGGUGUAAUUCGCUUAUAUUCUUUGUGUGUGUAUGUCAUGAAGUGUAUGAAUUGAGUAUAAUAGAUAAAUCAGAUAUAUUAUC